AUGGAAGAAGAGUCCGACAAAGAAGACCUAUCCAACGUGCGACCCAAAUUUAUCGCGCUUGCAAAUAAGUCAAGGACUUCUGUGGGUCUCGCUGCAAAAAGCACCUCAGAACUUGAACAGGAGCUCGAGGAACACAUACAGAGCAAGCCCAAAGGGUGGUCCAGAGUUGAAACGCUGGUUGAAAUCCUGUGGGAGAUACUCAAACUCUUGGUCUCCUUCCUGGCGUCAGAGGAUGCGAAGACCCUGAUCCCGGCGACGAAGACGGGGACGAUGGGUGGGAUGAACCUAACCCGCCCCGUCCCCCGGAAAUAG